UUCACACUUCCACUACUACUUCCAUUUAUAUUUCCCUUCAUUCACUCUAUUUGUGCCAAAGUUAUAUGUUCCCAGUAAAUAGUUUAAGUUAACCAUAUGGCAAGGUGCAUCACAAUAUUAUUCUUCGUUAUUUAUGUUCUUCUCUUCACAGUUGUUGGUGGCAGGUCCUUGUUCAUGAUCAACACCAAUAUUAGUCCAGAUUCUGUUCCGCACAGACCAGUUUCUUCUUCCCAUGUAACAACAGCACCACUUGAAAAGACACGAUUCAAUGAUGAUGGUGGUGCUUGCAAGGGGCUAGACAGGACUGAGUGUGUGGCUAAAACAACAAUGGUUGCUCAUACGGAUUAUGUCUACACACAAGACAUCAAUAAUGGGCCUUGAUUGUGCUAUUUCUUGCUUCUGUUUUUUAAGUAUUUAUAUUGUAAUGACUAAUGAGGGAAGUGUAAUUCUUUAGAAUACUAUAGUGUCAAUGUGAAAACUAUGUAAUAUCUUUUUCUUUUUUCCGCCGGAUGUUUUCUUUUGCUUUUUGAUAAGGCCAACAAAUUGAUCAUAGGUGAUACUGGUACCAA